AAUGGAUAUGUAAGCAUAAAAACCUAAAUUAACAGUUGUUGAAUUGCCAAGUUUCACUCUAGUUGGAUUGAUAAGGAAUAUCAUUUAGAAAGAAGAAUUAGAUCCAAACACAGGAUAGAUUGGGAAGGCAUACGAAGAAUAUUUUGAAAAGUAAAUUAAUGAUUAAAUACCUCAUCGAUUAUUUCCAAAAAGAACUUAUUGUAUGUAUUAUGAAUACUAAAACCCUCAUGAUCACCAAGAAAUCAAAUACAAAAUGGUGUUAGGAGAAAUGGUAAGUGAGGUCACUGAUUUACCAGAAGGAUUAGUAGCUGUAACAGUACCUGAACAUCUUUUCUGUCGUUUUGAUUGUGGACCAGGUUCUAUUCCCAAAGUUGUGAUUGAUGCUUGGUAAUCAUUACCUAAUUUAUCCCCUGAAGAAUUGGGUGGAACAAGAUCAUAUGAUUAUGACUUUGAGGUAUAUCCAGAAGAUAUCAAUGUAAAUGAGAACAUCAAAUUUGAAUUAUUCAUUGGUUUAUAAAAAUGA